AUGGAGAUUUCCUCGGCCGAAUCGCUAUCCAUCUCUGGCGCAGCCGCUUCUGAGGUCGUAUCGGAACCGUCCGUAUCUUCUCCUUCAUCCUCGUCCCUUGCUGCUUCCUCGCCGAAUCAGGCUUCUCCCUCCCCUUUCUCCACCAUGGAUCCCCCAGUUGCGCCGGCGACAGGGUCGAGGUACGUUGAUGAUGACGAAGAUGAGGAGGACGUUUGCAGGAUCUGUAGAAAUCCUGGGGAUGCGGAUAAUCCGCUUCGGUAUCCGUGCGCAUGCAGCGGGAGCAUCAAGUUUGUGCACCAGGAUUGCCUCCUUCAGUGGCUUAAUCACAGCAACGCUCGUCAAUGCGAGGUUUGCAAGCAUCCGUUUUCCUUCUCCCCUGUGUACGCUGAAAAUGCUCCCACAAGGCUCCCCUUCCAGGAGUUUGUUGUUGGCAUUGCGAUGAAAGCUUGCCACGUUUUGCAGUUCUUUCUGCGGUUGAGUUUUGUGCUUUCUGUCUGGCUUCUCACUAUUCCCUUCAUUACAUUUUGGAUAUGGCGAUUGGCUUUCGUGCGGAGUUUUAGUGAAGCUCAGAGAUUGUUCUUAAGCCACAUCUCCACCGCAGUAAUCCUCACUGAUUGUUUGCAUGGGUUCUUACUGUCGGCUAGUAUUGUCUUCAUUUUCCUUGGAGCGACUUCAUUGAGGGAUUACUUUAGGCAUUUGCGAGAGUUGGGAGGACAAGAAGAGAGAGAAGAUGAAGGGGAGAGAAAUGGUGCUCGUGCUGCAAGAAGACCAGCUGGACAAGCUAAUAGGAAUCUUGCUGGUGAGGGGAAUGGCGAAGAUGCUGGAGAUCAGGGUGCUGCUGCUGGUCAGAUCGUUAGAAGGAAUCCUGAAAAUGUUCUGGCAAGGUUAGACAUACAAGCAGCCCGUCUCGAGGCUCAGGUUGAACAAAUGUUUGAUGGACUGGACGAUGCUGAUGGUGCAGAAGAUGUUCCAUUUGACGAGCUGGUUGGAAUGCAGGGUCCGGUGUUUCAUUUGGUUGAGAAUGCCUUCACUGUUCUAGCAAGCAAUAUGAUAUUCCUUGGUGUUGUGAUCUUUGUGCCCUUCACAUUGGGACGGGUUAUAUUGUAUCACGUGUCGUGGCUUUUUGCUGCUGCUAAAGGCCCUGCCGUGACCGCAUCAAUGCAUUUGAUAGAUACUGGACUAUCAUUGGAAAAUAUAACUCUGAAGAAUGCGUUGACUUCCGUCUCAAAUUUGACCAACGAGGGCCAAGGAAAUGGACUGAUUGGUCAGCUCGCAGAAAUGAUGAGAGUCAAUGGAAGUGACUUGAAUGGAGCAAAUAAUACUCUCUCUGUUGCUGCUGACCUCAUGAAAGGUUCUGUUGCUGGAUCCUCAAAGCUAUCCGAUGUUACAACUCUGACUGUUGGGUACAUGUUUAUAGUCUUUUUGGUGUUCCUUUACCUUGGGAUCAUUGCACUGAUUCGUUAUGCCAAGGGUGAGCCACUGACCGUUGGGAGAUUCUAUGGUAUCGCUUCUAUAGUGGAAGCUGUACCGUCUCUUCUUAGACAGUUCUUGGCAGCAAUGAGGCAUCUGAUGACUAUGAUUAAAGUUGCCUUUCUUUUGGUCAUCGAGCUAGGGGUCUUCCCCCUAAUGUGUGGCUGGUGGCUAGAUGUUUGUACAGUUAGGAUGUUUGGUAAAACAAUGUCCCACAGAGUACAGUUUUUAUCAGUUUCUCCACUGGCAAGCUCACUUGUUCAUUGGGUUGUUGGAAUCAUGUACAUGCUGCAAAUAAGCAUCUUCGUCAGCCUUCUUCGAGGGGUUCUUCGCCCUGGAGUUUUGUAUUUCCUUCGUGAUCCUGCAGAUCCUAAUUACAAUCCGUUCCGAGAUUUGAUUGAUGAUCCAGUACACAAACAUGCUCGGAGGGUUCUGUUAUCUGUUGCAGUGUAUGGGAGUUUGAUUGUCAUGCUGGUAUUUUUACCAGUCAAACUUGCAAUCCGGAUGGCUCCUUCAAUGUUCCCGCUCGACAUAUCUGUAUCCGACCCAUUCACUGAGAUCCCGGCGGACAUGCUCUUGUUUCAAAUAUGCAUACCUUUUAUCAUCGAGCAUUUUAGACUCCGGACCACAAUCAAGUCCCUUCUACGCUGCUGGUUUACCGGCGUCGGUUGGGCACUCGGUUUGACAGACUUCCUAUUGCCAAGACCAGAGGACAACGUUGGUCAGGAAAAUGGAAAUGGUGAACCAGGAAGGCAGAACAGAGCACAAGUAUUGCAGGUCGGUGGACCUGACAGAGCCAUAGCUGCGCUUCCAGCGGCUGAUGAUCUAAACCGAAAUCUCCUCCGUCCUAACACGAGUGAUGAAUACGAAGAUGAUGAAGAACAGUCUGAUUCAGAGUACAACUUUGUGGUCCGGAUAAUCCUUCUUCUACUUGUUGCAUGGGUGACUCUUCUUCUCUUCAACUCAGCAUUGAUAGUUGUACCAGUUUCGCUUGGGCGUGCUCUAUUUAGUGCCAUCCCAAUUCUCCCAAUAACCCAUGGCAUCAAAUGCAAUGAUCUGUAUGCUUUCGUCAUCGGCACAUAUGCCUUCUGGACAUCCAUAUCUGGCGCCAGGUAUGCUAUCGAGCAUGUCAAGUCGAAGAGGACUUCAGUCUUGCUUAACCAAAUAUGGAAAUGGUGUGGGAUUGUCUUCAAGAGCUCGGUGCUGUUAGCCAUAUGGGUUUUUAUCAUUCCGGUACUAAUCGGACUUCUGUUUGAGCUAUUGGUGAUUGUCCCAAUGAGAGUCCCAGUAGAUGAAAGCCCCGUCUUCCUCCUGUAUCAAGACUGGGCUCUUGGACUCAUCUUUUUGAAGAUCUGGACUAGACUCGUAAUGCUGGAUCACAUGCUUCCGAUAGUGAAUGAUAGCUGGAGAGCAAAGUUUGAGAGAGUAAGAGAAGAUGGCUUCUCAAGGCUUCAAGGGUUAUGGGUACUUAAAGAGAUUGUAUUCCCGAUCGUGAUGAAGCUCCUAACAGCAUUAUGCGUGCCAUACGUCUUGGCGAGAGGAGUGUUCCCAAUGCUCGGAUAUCCUCUAGUUGUGAACUCGGCGGUCUACAGAUUCGCCUGGAUAGGUUGUCUCUCCGUGAGCCUCUUCUACUUCUGUGCGAAAAGAUGCCACGUCUGGUUCAGAAACCUGCACAACUCCAUCCGUGACGACCGUUAUCUCAUUGGUCGGAGACUACACAACUUUGGGGAAGCUGCUUUGGCUAACCGGAACCAAAACCAAAACCAAAGCAGUGAGGAUGCUGGAGAUGGUGGUGGGGUGUUGAUAGGACGUGAGGGAGAUGCUGAUACUGGACUUAGGCUCAGACGUGCAGUCCAACAAGAAGCUUAG